AUGGACUGUAAUAAAAUCGCUCAAACUAAUUUGGAAUUUUUUGUGGACAAUGAGUAUCCAAUUACAAAUACAAAUGGUUCAAUAUCGGUGAACAAGGAUGACCUCAUUGCUAAGUUUAAAGUUGGGAAAUUACAAAGGAUAAAAAUAAAAUUGAUUAAUAAAACUUCUAAACCUCAAGUCAUUCAAAUACAACCUAUGUCCAAUAAGAUGUUUAAACUUCCAGAUGAAACUACUGUAUCAAUACUUCCAAACUGUUCGAAGCUUCUUACAAUAAAAUUUGUGUCAGAUUCAAUAACUGAGUAUAAAGACUUCUUAAAAUUGAAAAAUCCUACAGGUAAUGGGAAUAUGGCAUUGGAAGUAUGUGCGGUGCCUGAAUUAAACUUUCAUUUACCCAACGUCAUUGAUUAUGGAAAUGUACAUAUAGGAAUGACAGUUUCCAAAAAGUUAGUAUUGUAUCCUCGAAUAAAAAAAUACCGAUUUCGUACAUUGGUUCCUGUUCAAAAAGAAGGGUUGAUUAUAGAACCAACUAGUGGUGAAGUGGAACAAAAUAUUCCAAUUGUAAUCACUGUGACAUAUACAGCUUGUUCAUAUGUUACUCUAUCUGCUGAUCUCAUACUCUAUUUUUCGGAUAUGUUUGCUACUCAUCACAAAAUCACAAUUAAUGCCGUGACAAAACCAACCCACUGUUUUAGUGAGUCUGAAAGUCUAUAUCGGGAUGAAUACUUAGAACAACUAGAUAAAUUUAUGUGUUCUGCUAAAUAUUUUGGUGACAAAUCAAUAAAAAAUACACAGCAACAAUUUAUCACAGAAUCUCCACCGCAACACUAUGAUGACUGGAAUGAAAAAAUAUUGAAAAAAUUAAACAGCCAUAUGGAUAACUGUUUUAAAAACCAAGAGCCGAUCAAAUUAAAAGAGCGAAGUGUUCGAAUGAAUCAUAUAGAAAUUUGUCAUUUUGAGUUCAAUCCAAUGACAGAUGGAAAUUGGUGGAGGAAAUUUCAGGCAUAUGACAAAUUUGUGAAAAUCAGUAGAAAAGUAAUUAUUAAAAUUCGUUUGGAAAAAAGACUGAAACUCCUUAAGUCUAUUACACCAAACUAA